AUGGCGUGGCCGACGGUGGAGAUGGAGGAGGUUACAGCUGCUAGUUAUGGUUGCUCCAUGUUCCGCCAAGAGAAGCCUACGCUUCAAAUCCUAGCCUUCGAGGCCGCCAAAAACAUGUCAGUUCUCGUUUCCUUGUAUAAAUCUCUGACCCACGACGAAUUCCUCAAGCUACGCAACGGUCCCAUGAAGUCCCCUGGCGUUGCGUUCUUGAACUCCACCGACGAAACUUAUCUUCUCGGCCUUGCAUGUAAAGAGAAGCUCGAGGAUCUCAACCACAUCGCCUCCGUGGUUUCACGUUUGAGUAAAAGAUGCGUUGAUGAAGAACUCAGCAGGUUCGAAACCGCUUACCAGAACAUGAAACAUGGAACCACCAUUGAUAUCAGCAACCUCGAUUUUAACUCCAAGAAGGCUGGGAAGAUCAUUGAGAAGAUGGAGACAUACGCAAGCGCAACGUCUUCGCUAUACACCGCCAUGGAAGACCUCAAGAAGUUGGAGUUAUAUGAGAAAAGAAAACAGAGAUCGAGGACAAAUGAGAAAAUCUGUUUCCAAAGGAAACAUGUUCGACAUUUAAAACAGGUUUCCCUAUGGAACAAAACAUUCGAUAAGAUCGUUGCGCUAAUGGCACGAAUCAUCUGCACUGUUUACGCGAGGAUCUGCGUCGUUUUUGAACCCUUUGUUCCAAGCCUUCUCUCCACCACCACCGUCACCACAGCCAAUUGUUUUUCCUUCAGGCGCCUCUACGUUUCACACCUAAAGGCUUUCCACAUGAAAAAGAAUAACAAGCAAAAAGCCUCGAAAUCGAGUCCGAUACUCUCUGGUGUCACCAUGAACAACAAAUCCUCCAACAUUAAAACCAACGUAAACCAAAGGUUGAUACAAUCAGCUCCGCCGAACACAGUAGGAGCGGCAGGGCUCACCGCCCGUUACGCAAACAUAAUCGUCAUGACGGAGACUUACUUCUAUUCGACGGCGCUCAUCACCGACGCAGCACGGAAGCACAUGUUCGAGAUUUUACCAGUAAACCUUAAACAAACGCUGAGAGGGAAGCUGAGAAGCCAUUGGUACAAGGUUGAGCGUGAAGGGAAGGGGUUGGAAGAAGGGUGGAAAGAGGCGUUGGAGGAAAUAAUACGGUGGUUGGCUCCAGUAGCUCACGAUACACUAAUAUGGCAGCAAGAGAGGAACUUGGAACAGCAAAAACUUGUUGCAAAGCCCACAGUUCUCUUGUUCCAGACGCUGCACUUCUCGGAUUUGGAGAAAACGGAGGCAGCCAUCGUGGAGUUAUUGGUAGGGUUGAGUUGUAUAUAUUGGUACGAGAAUCGUCGGAGGUGA